UUAGACCAAGAUAGUUUUUAAUUCACUACUGUUCAAAAAGGUCAACGAAUUUUGCUGGAAAGAUGAGGUGCAUAGCAAUGGUUGCUUUGAUUUGCACGGUAUUGGCGGCAAUGAUGUACUCAGCCAAUGCUCAAAUGCCGCAAAUGCCUCAAAUGCCUGGUGGCGGUGGCGGUGGCGGCGGUGCAAGUGGUGGUGCUGGUGGUGGUAUGGGUUUUGGCAUGGGCGCUAAUAUGGGAGGAGGAGCACAAGGCGGUGGUCAGGGUGGCUCUUAAUUUUUUCUUGUAAAAAUAUUUAAUGCAAUAAAACAGAGCAGUACAGAAAUAUA